AUUGCAGUAUCAACUAUCUAAAGUACAUGAGUGCUUCCUCGUCUUUAGUUCUUAGAUAUAAAAUUGUUUUUCACAGCUGUUGACAAUUAUUGUGAGAUUUUCUUGAUAUUGUACCAUGGGAGAUUAAAUAAUAAACGUGCUAAACGUGUUUGGUUCAUAGCAGCAUUAAUCUACAAAUUGGGUCAAAGUGAUAUAAGCUUUUGUAAAUACAAUUAGGAUGCUUCUUUUUCAUGGCUAUCCUAUUUUUUCCACGGUACUGUAUGUAAUGUUUGCACUAUUCACCGUAGGUUGGAGUUGGUGCUCACACUUGUUGCUACUGAAAACGAAUUCGAAGCGCAUGGUAUUCAUUUUCGUCACAACUCGUGAGCACGUCAGUCGUGUCUUUUGCUCAACAGACGUUCAAUUUAGUGGAAAACCUCGUGAAAUAGGUCGAAAUUUGUAUAAGAAAAUACAAAUUGUGUGACAACAAAUAUUUUUCAAAGUAUAUUAUGUCUCGUGAUCGAUGGAAAAACUCAUACAUCAUUGUUUAAUUAAUUUUUCAAUUUAUUGUUCAAGAAUCCAUGUCUUAGUUUCCAAUUGGGAAUUAAACAAAGUUGGUUUAUUUGGUGAAUGUGCUUCUCCGUGAAAUUAAUAUUGAAUUUUUCUGUUAUCGCAGGAAUGGAAUGAUAAAGUUUAAUUUCAGUGAAUAACAAAAUAAAUAAAUUAUGUAACUAAAGUAAUUAAAUAAAAUAUUGUGAUCUCAUUUGCCUGUUUCUUCAGAAAAUUGAAGUCAGAGAAAGAGAGAUGGAAAAGUGACUCUCACGUGAAAAAAACACUUGAUAUUCCUCCUAAAUGAAAUAUAAACCUCCUUCAUGAAUAACAUUCAUUCAGUUCAUUGAUAAUGUGAGACACUGAAAAAACUGUGACUAAAGUUUAAAGCAAUAAAUAAAUUUUACAAGCAAUAUUGCACAACUUGCCAUCUAAAAUCGAAAAAACUAGUGCCUAAAAACGAAACAACGUGCCAUAAACUAAAAACAGAAAAAAAUUGAACUUAAAAAGAAUCUCACUGUGUUAUCAAAAACGUUCAUUUGCUAAUCUUUGCAGAAUGUACACGGGAAUUAGUAGCGAAGCACCUCCGGAAGAUUACAGCGAAGAGUUUCCAGAGAUCCUUCCUAUUUUGCGAAGACAAUGCAGUGGAUUCUGUGACAAAUCAACAUUGCUCAAGAGGCUUCCUAUUCUCAAUUGGUUGCCAAAAUAUCAGCUAAAUUAUUUAUUCUCUGACUUUGUGGCAGGUUUGACUGUUGGCUUGACAGCAAUUCCACAGGGAAUUGCAUAUGCUGUUGUGGCUGGAUUAGAACCACAAUAUGGACUCUAUUCUGGAUUUAUGGGCUGUUUUAUGUACUUCCUCUUUGGAAGUUGUAAAGAUAUAACAAUUGGACCAACAGCCAUUAUGUCACUAAUGGUAGCCAACUACGUGACAGCAAGCCCUGACUACGCAGUAUUAAGUUGUUUCCUGAGUGGAAUUUUAAUCUUUCUGUUGGGAGUAUUAAAUUUGGGUUUCCUAGUGCAAUUCAUCUCCGUCCCCGUGACAGCAGGAUUCACUUCGGCAGCCGCAAUAACGAUUGCCAGUACCCAGCUUAAAGCAUUAUUUGGUCUUCCAGGACACGCAAAUGAUUUCAUUGAAGCGUGGAGCAAUUUCUUCCAACAUAUCAGUGAUAUUCAACUCUGGGACACUGUCCUCGGAGUCAUCACAGUGAUAUGCUUACUAGUUCUUAAGAAAAUGAAUAGCAUUCAAAAGUGGAGAGUAUUCUUUAGGUACUUGUCACUCUCACGGAAUGCUCUAGCUGUGAUAAGCGGCACGGUUCUUGCGUACCUUCUCUUCACAUUUAACGAUAAGACUCCUUUUACGCUCACUGGAAACGUUGUUUCUGGCCUACCACCAUUCCAGCCGCCACCUUUCACCACUACAGUUAACAAUGAAACUGUACCUUUUAGCGAAAUGAUCAAAACUUUGGGAUCAGGAAUUGUAGCCAUUCCCUUAGUAUCAAUACUCGAGAGCGUAGCAGUUGCUAAAGCUUUUUCUAAAGGAAAAACAGUGGAUGCAACACAGGAGAUGAUUGCUCUUGGAAUGUGCAAUAUAAUGGGAUCUUUUGUCCUGUCAAUGCCAAUUACGGGUUCAUUUACAAGAACAGCCGUCAACAACACUAGUGGCGUUCGCACCACUCUCGGUGGCGUCUUCACAGGAAUCCUGAUCCUUUUAGCUCUUGGAUUUCUCGCUCAGACUUUCUAUUUCAUUCCCAAGACAACACUCGCCGCCGUGAUUCUGGCGGCCAUGUUCUCUAUGGUAGAGUACGAGCUGCUCUUCAAGCUCUGGCGUACUAGACGAAUAGAAGUGCUUCCCUUCUUGGUCACACUAAUAGCGUGCUUAUUACUUGGACUCGAAUAUGGUAUUGUCAUAGGGGUUGGAGUGAAUAUCCUAUUCGUUCUCUACAGCACUGCUCGACCUAGCACACCACACGACAUUCGCAAAAUAUCUGAUACUGAGGUACUUGUAGUAUCACCAGAUCAGAGUUUGGUGUUUUCAGCAGCUGAAAACUUCAAGUACAAAGUACUGAAGUACACACUCAAUGCUCCGGAUACACUGAACCUCAUUGUCCUCAAUGGUCACUAUGUCCAGAGCAUUGAUUUCACUGCUGCUAUGAACCUCAACACACUGGUAGGGGAUCUUAAGAUCAUGGGCAAGAGUCUAGUGUUUUGGAAUUGGCCAAGGCAGUGUGUGGGCUUAGCCUGGCGCAUAAGCCCUGAAUUCGGUGCACUUUUCAAGCGAACGGACAACCUGGAUGAUCUAGUCAAAUUGUGGCACCAUGAAAAGCAGGACUAUAUCAACGGUGUCACAUGUAAUUGAUUAAAGAUAUGAUUUAGCUUUUCUUUCAUAUCUUCCACAGUCAGUAUCCGUGAAAGAAGCUAAAUUGUAUGAAUUUGACAGUGAUUAUAAUUGUGAAUUUAUAUUUACAAAUAAAUGUUAUUUAUUACAGAA